AUGUGGUUCGGAAGGCUAAAGACGCUCCUACUCCUGGGCGUCUUGUCGCAUAAUGUUAAUGGUCUCAAAUACGACGAAAAGUACGCCGACUACAACCUCAACACAAAUAAGGAUGCGACAGAUCCCAUUUUAUACGAUGGAAAAUGGGACAAUCACGACUUCACACCGUCGCCAGACAACUGGCGCUUUCCGUUUUACACAAUCAUGCUCGACAGAUUCGUAAAUGGUGAUCCGGAAAAUGACAGCGCCAACGGAACAGUCCUCGAGCAAGAUAUCACAGGCACACAGCUGAGAUGGGGUGGUGAUAUUGCCGGUCUGGUCGACACACUGGAUUACCUGCAAGGAAUGGGCAUCAAGGGAAUCUACUUUGGAGGAUCGAUGCUGAUCAACGCGCCCUGGAACUACGACUCCUACUCCCCGUUGGAUCACACCCUGCUGGAUUUCCACUUUGGUAACCUCACAGAAUGGCAAGCGGCCAUCCAGGAGGUCCACAACCGUGGAAUGUACAUUGUUUUCGAUAAUACGAUGGCCACUUUGGGAGACUUGAUCGGCUACAAGGAUCAUCUCAACUCGUCGGCGCCCUUCGAGCCUCACGAAAUGGAGGUUAUCUACAAGACUGAUCGCCAAUACCUCGACUGGACGUUCCCCACCAAGUACAACGAGACUUGCGAGCAUUUCCCCCGUCUCUACCUCGAGGAGGGCAGGGAAGUUCCCCAGGAGAUCUACGACAUGUUUGGCGGCUGCUACAAUGGUGACUUUGAUCAGUUUGGUGACACUGAGGCUUUCGGCGUUUACCCCGAUUACCGUCGUCAACUGACCAAAUUCGCUUCCGUCCAAGACAGAUUGAGAGAAUGGGUACCGGCCGUGAACGAUAAGCUGGCGCAUUUCUCGUGCAUUUUGAUGCAGCAGCUGGAUAUCGACGGAUUCCGAUUCGAUAAAGCCCUGCAGGUUACGGUUGACGCUCAGGGUCUCUUCUCCAAGAAGAUUCGCGAGUGCGCUCGCGAUCUCGGCAAGAAGAACUUCUUCUUGCCAGGUGAGAUUACGGGUGGUAACACCAUGGGAUCCAUCUACAUUGGUCGCGGAAGAACCCCCCAGCAGUGGUUCAAGGACGUCAACACGGCUUACAACAUCACGACCGAGAGUUCCAAGAACAUGGACAUCUUCCUGCGUGACGAGGGCCACCAGGCUCUGGACUCUGCCGCAUUCCACUACUCCUUCUACCGUUUCUUGGUUAUUUUCCUAGGUAUGGACGGUACUGGUGUCGCCGGCUACGAUGUGCCCAGUAAUUUCGUCGAGGCGUGGAACGAAGUUCUCAGGUCCAACGACUUGAUCAACGCGAACACCGGCAAGGUCGACCCCCGCCACAUGUUCGGUGCCAUGAACCAGGAUACCUUCCGGUGGCCCGCCAUCGAAGUCGGCCACGAGCGCAGUCUCAUGGGACUUUUCGUCACGACUCUUCACCUGCCCGGUAUUCCCAUGCUUACGUGGGGCGAGGAGCAGGCGUACUACGUCCUCGACAACACUGCGCAGAAUUACAUGUUCGGUCGUCAACCCAUGGCCUCUGCCCCCGCCUGGCAACAGCACGGUUGCUACUCAAUGAAGGCAACCCUGUACUUCCAAAUGCCUCUGUCAAAGGCCCGCGAGGGAUGCCGCGAUGACACUGUCUCUUGGGACCAUCGCGACCCCAGUCACCCCAUCAGAAACAUUCUGAAGCACAUGUACCACUUGAGAAACGUCUACCCCGUUCUCCAGGACGGCAUGUGGCUCGAGCAGCUUUCCAACAAGACCGAGGAGCUCUACUACCCUGGUAACUCUGGAAUGGCCACAGUCACUGGUCUUUUCAGUGUUAUGCGCUACCAACUUGGUGUUCAGAAUCUCGGGGAUAACGUCGUCCCCAUUUGGUUCAUCUACCACAACAGAAACGUCACCACCACGUACACGUUCGACUGCUCCAAGGAGGGUGACGCCAUUGUCUCCCCCUUCACCUCUGGAACAACGGUCAAGAACCUGUUCUUCCCUCACCAGACGGCGAAGCUUGAGGACUCGCCCGUGAAGCUUUCCUACGCCGGCAACACCGGCUUCAACGGCUGCUUCAAGAACAUCACCAUGGCUCCUUUCGAGUUCCGCGCCUACGUUCCCGAGGCCGACUUCAAGGUUCCCCCCAUCGCCAUCACCAAGUUCGUCCCCGGCCACGACGCCCGCAUCGAGUCCACCGAGCCCUCAAACACCGUGCCUAUUGAGCUUCAAUUCUCGGUCAAGAUGGACUGCAACAGCUUGAAGGACACCAUCAGUUUCAAGUCCCACACCGACGACAACAGCGUCCCCACCAUUGACGAGAGCUCCAUUAAGUGCAAUGACAUCUCCGAGACGAUUUCCGAGUGGACGGGCGCCCUCGCCUCAUCCUUCUCGUGGAAGGCUAACCUGCUGAACGUGAAGCACGGCGUCCACCAGGUGAUUGUCACCAACGCCUCGGCUGCCACCGGCAACUCGACCAUCGCAGCCACCGACCGCUUCCUCUUCCGCAUCGGCGCUCAGGACAACGCCAUCGUCUUCCCCCACACUGCCAACUACUCUACCAACCUUCUGUCCAAGGCCGAUGACGGCACAAUCACGAUCAAGCACACCUCUGCCGGAGCCAGCAAGUUCCGCUACUCCACCAACUUUGAGUCGUCUUGGAGUGACUGGACCAACUACGAGGCAUCGACCAAGGUCGUCAAGCAGUCCUGGAACGGUACCAAGGACCAGGAAUGGAAGGGCGAGCACGUUAUUGUCCAGUACUACAGCAAGCUCCUCGGCUCCAGCGCGUACAAGGUGCACGGCGACAUCGACUACGACAUUCCCCGUCGCAUCCCGCACAUGUUCGCCGUGGGCAAGUUCAACCAGUUCGGCUACGACAGCGGUCUCCUCAAGACCAUGAAGCACCAGAGCGCGUCGGAGUGGACGUGGCAUUACAUGGACGAGUGGCCAAACUACUUCAAGAUGAGCAUCUGGGGCAUGAACCCAGACAAGAUGCCUGACCAAUCUUUCGUCUACGGUGACGUCGACGGCGACAAUGUUGUUGAGCGUCUCCCUCCUUCGUCAUUGUACGAGAACGCCGUCAAUAUCACCGGCCACCCCCCCAAGCCUUACGUCGCCUACAAGGUCGUCCUGAACGAUGCCACCUUCCAGUAUCAGCUCAUCCCUCAGGGCAACAUGUGGAUCCAGUUCUUACUCUGGCUGCUUCUCUUCAUCAUCCCCCUCCUCACCGGCCUCGCCGCCGUCCAGGCCUUCAAGCGCUCCUUCUACAAGGUCAAGUUCAACGAGCACGGCGUCCACGACAAGUCCAAGUUCAACAUGAUGGUCCAGAAGACCCGCAACGUCUUCAUGGGUGCCGCCGGUGCCAUCCCCCUCAGCAUGCGCAGCUCCACCGACCUUGUCUCCGCCGCCGCCGCCGCCACCGCCGGCAAUAAGCGCAAGAGGGUGCUGAUCGCGACCAUGGAGUACAACAUUGACGACUGGAACCUCAAGAUCAAGAUUGGUGGUUUGGGUGUCAUGGCCCAGCUAAUGGGUAAGGCGCUCAAGCACCAGGACCUCGUGUGGGUUGUGCCCUGCGUCGGCGACAUUGAGUACCCCAUCGAUCAGCCCGCGCCGAGCAUGUACGUCAAGAUUAUGGACCAGGAGUACGAGAUCAAGGUGCAGUAUCACGUUGUGGACAACAUCACCUAUGUUCUGCUCGACGCGCCCGUGUUCAGGAAGCAGACCAAGUCUGAGCCCUACCCCCCGCGCAUGGACGACUUGGAGUCUGCUAUUUACUACUCUGCUUGGAACCAAUGUAUUGCCGACACUUGCAACCGUUUCCCCAUCGACAUGUAUCACAUUAACGAUUACCACGGCUCCAUCGCACCUCUGUACUUGUUGCCCAAGACCAUCCCCGUCGCGCUUUCUCUUCACAACGCCGAAUUCCAGGGUCUCUGGCCCAUGCGUACUCCCGAGGAGAGCGCGGAAGUGUGCAAGGCUUACAACUUGGAUCUCGAAAUUGUCAAGAAAUACGUUCAAUACGGUUCAGUCUUCAAUCUUCUCCACGCCGGUGCCAGUUACCUCCGUGUCCACCAGAACGGAUUCGGUGCCGUUGGUGUCUCCCGCAAGUAUGGUGAUCGCUCGUUCGCGCGUUACCCUAUUUUCUGGGGUCUCUCCAAGGUCGGCCAACUGCCUAACCCUGAUCCCACCGAUACCGCCGACUGGGACAAGAACGAUUUUAUGAACCAGCCCAAGAUCGAGGUCGACCCCACCUACGAAGCUGGCCGUGGCGACUUGAGAAGACAGGCCCAGGAGUGGGCCGGACUCAACGUCGAUCCCGAAGCCGAGCUGUUUGUCUUUGUCGGACGUUGGUCUCUGCAGAAGGGUGUCGAUCUCAUCGCCGAUAUCUUCCCCUGGGUCCUCGACAACUACCCCAAGGCUCAGCUCAUCACCAUCGGCCCCAUGAUUGAUCUCUACGGUCGCUUCGCGGCUCUCAAGCUCGCCAAGCUUAUGGAACUCUACCCCGGACGCGUCUUCUCCAAGCCCGAAUUCACCGCUCUCCCGCCUUACAUCUUCAGCGGUGCCGAGUUUGCCCUGAUUCCCUCCCGAGACGAGCCAUUUGGCUUGGUCGCUGUUGAGUUUGGCAGAAAGGGAGCCCUGGGUGUUGGUGCCCGCGUCGGUGGUCUCGGUCAAAUGCCCGGUUGGUGGUACACGGUCGAGUCGACCAAGGCCGCCCAUCUGACCAAGCAGUUUAAGCACGCUAUCAAGGACGCCCUCGACACGGACACCAAGACCAGAGCCAUGAUGCGUGCCUGGUCCGCCAAGCAGCGUUUCCCCGUCGCCGAGUGGCUCGAGAAGCUCGAGAAGCUCCAGCAGGGCGUCAUCAGCGCGCACGCAAAGUACGGCAAAAAGGGUCUCAAGAAGGGCAACGUUCUCGUCAAGAAGACCCGCCGCCCAGGCUCCAUCGCAGAGCCUCUCCGCGGCGAAGUCGAGCUUGUGGACCGCUCCCCCGCGUGGAUGCGCCAGGUAUCCGACUACGACGACGACGGCACUACCCUUCAAACCGGCCGCACUACCCCCGCCGGCAUGCAGACUCCCAUGAUGUACACCAGCACCCCCGGAUCCCCCUCCAUGUCGCCGUCUCCCGCCUACGUUGACUCACCGUACGGCUCCCGCGCCGGCUCUCCUGGACCGUUCGGCCGCGAACAACAUGGUCGCAACAUUUCCGACACACACAGCCGCAACUUCUCUGAUACCCACAGCCGUAACUUCUCCCUUCCCGGACAGCCAGGCCAGGACCAGGCACACAGCCGCACCGUCUCUGGCUUCUCCAUGGCCGACACUCUGCCUCUCCCGCCACCGGUUGGAGGCCUGGGCAUGCAGCAAGACAAUUCUUCUAGAGCCUCCAUGCUUAGUGUCGAAGAUGUUGUGGGUGACAGACACGAUUACAAGCUCCAGCAGGUCGAUCCCUUCUUCACUGACUCCAACGGUGAAUUCUACGAGCACUUUGAGGAGAAGCUCAAGGCUCUCAACGCCGGCAACUCCAUCUCAGAGCUCUGUAUUGAGGACUACCUCAUCAAGAGUGAAAAGGAGUGGUUCGACAUGUACCUCGACGCCAGGCUGGGUCGCUCCGCUUCCCCGUCAUCGGCCAGAGGACAGUCCAGAUCGAGAAACUCUUCGCCCAACGCCUCGAGAUUGAGCCUGGGCAUGUUCAAGAACAAGUCCUCUUCCAAGUUGAACUUGCCUCUCGAGCGCGGUCGCGCCAGACGCUCCGGAUUGAUGAACAGCAUGGCCGCCGACGACGCGACCGGUGCCUACGACAACAGGACACCCCCCGACUCUCCCGGCUCGUACAACGCACAGUUCGACCUCCCCCAGGAUUACGUCGCGCCCACCGGCAUCAGAAAGUGGCUCCAGUACCGCGUCGGCGAUUGGCCGGUCUACGCCAUGCUCUUGGCCCUCAACCAGGUCAUCGCCACCAACUCCUACCAGGUGACCCUGCUCACCGGUGAAGUUGGCCAGACCGCCGACAAGCUUUACAUCGUCGCCUCCAUCUACCUCGCCUCGUCCGUCUUCUGGUAUAUCCUGUCGCGCACCAUGCCUCUCCUCUACCCGCUCUCGGCACCGUACGCCCUCUACGGCAUCGCCUUCCUCCUCCUCGGCUGCUCCCCCUUCGCCGGCGACAACAACACCAUGGUCUGGCUCCAGAACGCCGCCACCGGCGUCUACGCCUUUGCCUCCUCCUCCGGGUCCCUCGCCUUCGCCUUCAACUUUGGUACCGACGGCGGUUCCACCGUCCCCAAGUGGAUCCAGCGCCUCGCCAUCAUCCAAGGCCUCACCCAGCUCUACACCCUCGCCCUCUGGGCCUGGGGCAGCUUGGCCUCCGAUGCCGAGGCCAACAGCGUCGCCAAGCCCACGCUCGCCGGAAAGCCCGCCCUCCUGGCCGUCUGCCUCCCCGUGGCCAUCCUCCUCUGGGCCAUCGGCGCCACCCUCUUCCUCGGCCUGCCCGACUUUUACCGCCAGACCCCCGGCCCCAUCCCCCAGCUCUGGAAGACGCUCAUGAAGCGCAAGACCAUUGCCUGGUACCUCAUGGCCGUCUGCAUCCAAAACUACUUCCUCAGCACCCUCUUCGGACGCAACUGGUUAUUCCUCUUCUCGUCCCAGCACGUACCCGUCUGGAGCAUGGUCAUCCUCGCCCUCUUCUUCUUCAUCUUCAUCUGGGCCCUGGUCCUCUGGGGCCUGGCCAAGGCCAGCGAGAGUCACCCUUGGUUGUUCCCUAUGUUCGCCGUCGGUCUCGGCGCCCCGCGCUGGGCCCAGAUCUGGUGGGGUACUUCCCGCAUCGGUCUCUGGAUGCCGUGGGCCGGAAGCGCCGUCGCCGGUGCCGUCCUCAGCCGUGUUCUCUGGCUGUGGCUCGGCGUCCUCGACGGUCUCCAGGGCGCGGGUAUUGGUAUGAUUCUCAUGCUGACGCUUACCCGUGUCCAUGUUGCCGCAGCCUGUGUCGCCGCUCAGGUUCUGGGUUCCAUCUUUACUAUACUUGCCCGCGCUACUGCGCCUAACAGCGUCGGUCCGGGUCCUGUUUUCCCUGAUAUCAGCGAAGGAUUAGGCGUUGCCUUUGCCAACGCCUGGUUCUGGGUUGUCCUUUUCCUCAACCUGUUUAUCUGCAUUGGUUACUUCAAGUUCUUCAGAAAGGAGCAAGUUAGCAAGCCUUAA